UCUUAUCCCUUCAAAGGGCCUUUCCCUCCAAUGUGGAAUCCCAUUACUUUUUUGGACUACAACAAUCUAUGGAGGACAAUGGAUGAAAUGGGGAAAGAGAUUCCUAAUGAAGCUCCAUGGAAAGCACCACAUGCAGAGGAAUGGGACAAAAUUACCAUGGAAGAGUUACUAGAUAAAGUGUGCUGGACAAAUGCUGCCAAGCGGUUUGCUACUCUGUUUGUGAAUGUUGAUGUUACCUCUGAGCCACAUGAGGUUUCUGCUCUCUGGUUCCUGUGGUAUGUUAAACAGUGUGGAGGUACAGCCAGGAUAUUUUCAACAACCAAUGGAGGCCAGGAGAGGAAGUUCAUUGGAGGCUCUGGACAAAUUAGUGAGAAAAUUAUGGAAUAUCUGGGAAAUCGGGUUAAAUUAGAAAAGCCUGUAACCUAUAUUGAUCAGACUGGUGGAAGUGUCAUAGUAGAAACAUUGGACCAUGAAAGAUAUGAGGCCAAGUAUGUUAUUAGUGCCAUCCCUCCUGUGCUUAGCUUGAAGAUUCAUUUUAACCCACCUUUGCCUUCAAUGAGGAAUCAGUUGAUUAAUCGGAUUCCUAUGGGGUCAGUCAUCAAAUGUAUAGUAUACUACAAGGAUGCAUUCUGGAAGAAAAAAGAUUAUUGCGGUUCCAUGAUUAUUGAAGAUGAGGAUGCACCAAUUGGUCUGGCAUUAGAUGACACUAAACCCGAUGGAAGCUUUCCAGCCAUAAUUGGUUUCAUCCUUGCCCGGAAAUGUAGAAGACUGAUUAAUCUCACCAAGGAAGAAAGGAAAACACGGAUCUGUGAGCUCUAUGCAAAGGUGCUGGGAACACAAGAAGCCUUACAUCCAGUGCACUAUGAAGAGAAGAACUGGUGUGAAGAGCAAUAUUCUGGAGGAUGCUAUACAGCUUAUUUCCCACCAGGAAUAAUGACCCAGUAUGGAAGGAUUCUUCGUGAGCCAGCUGGGAGGAUCUUCUUUGCAGGGACUGAGACAGCUUCAGAAUGGAGUGGCUACAUGGAAGGUGCUGUUCAGGCUGGAGAAAGAGCAGCCAGAGAGGUACUACACUCUAUGGGAAGAUAUUCAGGAGAAAUAUGGAAAUCAGAACCAGAAUCACUUGAAGUCCCACCCCUGCCAAUAGCUACAACAUUUUGGGAAAGGAACUUGCCUUCUGUUCCUGGACUACUGAAAUUGAUGGGAUUCUCUAUUUUCUUUACAUCAGUGGCUGCAGCUGGGCUCUUUGCCUAUAAAAAGGAUCUCCUAGUGCAGAAGUGAAAACAGAUGUGCUAAUAGGAAACUAUAUAUUUUGGUCUGCAGAUUUGUAUACAUUAACUAAAUCAUUUUCCUCUCAUUUAUACUGAUGAUUGCAAUUCUCUAUUAUCCUGUCUAUUAGUUCAAGGUGUCUUGGAUCUUGUGACAGGGUCCAAUAUUUCUUUCCAAAGGCAGUACACAAUUUGGCUGCCAUAAAAAUAAUAUAGUUGCCUGGAACUCAAUUAUUCACAUUUGUUUUCUUUGUUUUAUAAAACCAAAGCCUGCAUAAAUCUUGUUGUAAGAUAGUCUGGCAGCCAAAAAUAUUGCUCAAUAGGAAAAAAAUACUUUUGUGAAUCCACCCUUGUUCUCCCAUUGUUAGGGGAGAUUGUUGAGUAAGUGAGAAGAUGUCAAUAAAUAAAUUCCAACAGCA